AACAACCUGAAGAAGACAUAAAAAGUAAAGUUAGUAACCUGUGUGAGAGCGAGCGUGCGCGCGCAGCCUCGGCCUACCUGCACCUGCUACUAAUUACUGUGGAGAAAUCUUGGAGAAAUCUUGACCGUCACCUGCACGCGCCGUUUUCUGACGGUUUUCAGGCGGAAUUCUGAAACUUGGAGUUUCUUUCACUCUUUUCUUCCUACAUGUUCCACUCGUUCCUACCUGAAGAGCCUCAACUCACCUGACGGCUGCGUUCACUUCCGAUGGAAUUCCAGGUGGAGGCGACAGUUCACGUGGCUCAUUUCCGGGACGAGGCGGCGGCGUUGGCGCUCCUCAAGUCACAUGGCUUCAAACUGAAGGAUGUGGGCGGCGGUCAGGUGUGUGUCAAAGGUUGUUUUCAGCAGCUUCGAGCUGUGAAGGUCCGUUUGGAGCAGCUCGAGCAGACCGAGUCCACGCCACGUUCGUCCUCUCCUGGCCCAACCGUUUCCCCCGGAGCCAUUUCCAGAUACUACAGUAAAACCGGCGGCGGAGCCAGGACUCAGUCCAGAGUCCAGCCUGCUCCAUCUUCACCCUCCUCCUCCUCAUCCCAGCGGCGUCCAGCAUCCUGGGACAGCGGAAGUGAGACGUUUGUUGUUGAUCUGUAUGUGUUCAUGUAUGCUCAAUGGUACAGGAAUGAAGCCCUGCAGGCCAUCCAGGACCGCCACGAAGCCACAAUGAGGAUGCAGGAAGUUGGAGACAGCAUCAGCAUCACUUUGAAGGGGAAGUACUGCAAGAUGGCCGCCAGGACUCUGCAGGGACUCCUUCAUGAUCUUAGCCAGUCCCUGCGCACACAGGAAGUCCUUCUGAGGGACGCACGCCAACACGGAGCACCGCUUUUAGCUAAACUCGGGAAAAACCCCACCGUCAUGGGUCCGGUUCUGGUGUGUGAGACAGAUGACAGACUCUACCUCGUGGGCCCGUCCAAACAGAGCUACGAGCUGAAGCAGAGGCUGCUGGGAAGGUCGGCCGACCAAUCAGGACGCAAAGGAAGGAGCAUGUCUCUGCCACCAGCCAACAGGAGGAGCCCAGGAAGAGGAGGAGCUGCAGGCGACUCCACAUCUCCGGAUGACAGACCACCGGGUGCUGCUGCUCCGGGUCAGGCCGGACCUCUGAGGAGCUUUUUCAAACCCAAACACGACGAGAAGAAGAGGAGCGGGUUGAUGAAGAGAAUGCAGACGUUCGUAAUGAAAAGGUUCAGUCGAAGUUCAGUCCAAAAGAAAUCAGAUGGAAGGAAAAUUGAAGGAAAACCACGUCACUGAAUUCCUCUGAUAUUAAAGUUUAUUUAUACAAAACCUGGAAACUACGUUUGUCGUGUCAGAACUCUUUAAUAAAGAAUCAACAAGUCUGAUUUAAAUCCGGUCCAACCAGUCUGUUUCAGCCCCAGUUCCACCACUUCCACCAUCACCAGUCCCAGGAGCGGUGGUGUGUAUCUCUGUGGGGUAAAUGUGAUGGAUAUUUAACCCUUUAGAUGAUCUACAGAAGUUUUCCAGCACUUCUAUCCCGUCCAGGAGGUUUACAAUCCAGCCACUAAAUGUA